CGUUGGCCUGGACGUGGCAAGGAGGAAGAGGAGGUCUAAGCUUCCACCGAGUUUCGGGCCCACGGUUGGACCAUUCGCCGAAGCCCAACAUCUCAUCCCGGACGAGGACAAGUCUCCUUGCGACGCUCGUGUCAAAAUGGGGCUGACGAUCUCCACGGUGUUUGCCAGGCUCUUCGGCAAGAAGCAGAUGAGAAUCCUGAUGGUGGGCUUGGACGCAGCUGGAAAAACGACCAUUUUGUACAAACUCAAGCUAGGAGAGAUCGUCACCACCAUUCCGACCAUCGGUUUCAACGUGGAGACGGUGGAGUACAAGAACAUCUGCUUCACCGUUUGGGAUGUUGGCGGACAGGACAAGAUUCGACCUCUCUGGAGACACUACUUCCAGAACACUCAGGGUCUGAUCUUCGUGGUGGACAGCAACGACCGAGAGCGAGUGGCCGAGUCGGCCGAUGAACUCUCAAAGAUGAUCCAGGAGGACGACUUGAAGGAUGCUGUCCUGCUGGUGUUUGCCAACAAGCAGGAUCUUCCCAAUGCCAUGGCCGCCAGCGAACUCACCGAUAAACUGGGCCUGAACGACUUGCGCAGCCGCACCUGGUACGUUCAGGCCACCUGCGCCACUCAGGGGACGGGCCUUUACGAGGGUCUCGACUGGUUGUCCAAUGAGCUCGCCAAGCACUAAACAAGGUGUUGGAUUUCGCAGGACUGUUUUUUUUUUUUUUAUUAUUAUUAUUAUAAUGGCGUCAGCGGGAAACGACUUGUCAGACUUCCGUUCUUCUCUUCUUGCGUUCCUCGUGCUUUCCUCCGCAUGUUUUUACUGAGUCAUGUGACAGAAUGGUCGAAGAGGGCCGAGACUCGUAGCAAUGGCGCCACGAUCCCUGCGGCCCCGUCAUUGAUGUGAAAUGCAAUAAAGGCGGUUUUCUUUG